UAUUAACACCUUUUAUAUGUAAAAAGAAAAUCAGACAAGGAGUUUACCUCAAAAUCUUUUUCCAAUAAAAGCCCGUCAUUGUUGAUGAAAAAUUGAAUAGCUUUACGUGCAUCUCUUUAUUACGCCUUUAAAAAAACAUGUGUGAUGAAUGUUCCUACUUUACCAAAAGUUAGCUUUAAAAAUGUAGUGGUGUAAGUGAAACUUUACAAAUGUGUUAGUGAAUAGGAAUGAUAACGACUUAAUUUGCACUAAUUCACGACCUAGUGGCAUGUAAGGUUGCAUUCACAUUUUCAUAAUUGUGAACAGCAUAUCCACACUGAAGCAGCAGUGGGUCGUCUAAUCAGAUUUGGCAAAGUAGAUUUUCGCAAAAUUAUUUAGUUUUCUAGUAAUUAAGAAAAAAGUGUAAAAAGUUUAUAAAAUGGCUUUACGUUAUACUCAACGUUUACUUCAAAAUCAAGUACCAUUUCUGACUCGUGGCUAUCCUCUACUGGUGACAAAGGAAAAGGGCGAAGAUGUUGCACAUACCAAGUCGUCUCUCCAAAAGAAGUGGACGGGUGUUGAUAUACCAUCUGCACAAUAUGGCGGUCGACAUGCAGUCACAAUGUUGCCAGGUGGUGGUAUCGGUCCCGAGCUAAUGCACUACAUUCGCGAAAUCUUCCGUUUCGUUGGCGCACCUAUCGAUUUUGAAGUGAUAGAAAUUGAUCCUUCUACUGAGGGCAAUGAUGACUUGGAUUAUGCUAUAACUUCAAUUAAGCGAAAUGGUGUUGCUAUUAAGGGUAAUAUUGAAACCAAAUCGCAAGGCUUAGAUGAGGUAUCACGUAAUGUAGCCAUUCGUAAUGAACUUGACUUGUAUGUAAAUGUUGUACAUUGCCGCUCAUACCCUGGCAUUCCCUCGCGUCAUAAGAACAUUGAUGUUGUAUUGAUCCGUCAAAACACUGACGGUGAGUAUGCAAUGUUGGAGCAUGAAUCUGUGCGCGGUGUAGUUGAAAGCAUGAAGGUAGUUACGGUAGAAAAUGCUGAGCGUGUAGCGCGUUAUGCAUUUGAAUAUGCACGUCAAAAUAAUCGUAAAAAGGUCACAACCAUUCACAAAGCCAAUAUUAUGAAAUUGUCCGACGGUCUUUUCCUUGAAUCUGCCAAAAAUGUUCACAAGGAAUAUCCAGAAAUUGAGCAUAACAAUAUGAUUAUCGAUAAUACAUGCAUGCAAUUGGUGUCUAAUCCACAUCAAUUCGAUGUAAUGAACAUGACCAAUUUAUAUGGCACUAUAGUUUCUAAUGUUAUUUGCGGAUUAAUUGGUGGCGCCGGUCUGCUCUCUGGUGCUAACUAUGGCGAUCACUUCGCUGUCUUCGAACCUGGCACGCGUAAUACUGGUACAGCUAUUGCUGGAAAAAAUAUUGCCAAUCCAGUGGCAAUGAUAAACGCCAGCGCGGAUAUGCUGAAUCAUUUAGGACACAAAGAACAUGCGCGUGUUAUUUAUGAAGCGACAUAUGAAACUGUGGUUAAUGAUGGCAUUCGCACACCAGAUUUAGGUGGCUCCGCUUCCAGCACUGACGUUGUGGAAAAUAUCCUGAAAAUUUUGGCCAAGAAACGCGUGAAUUGGCCCCAAGGACAAUAUCGCGAUUAAGAUUAAAGCAAAAAUUAGAUUACCUUAGUUUAAGCCGAUUAAAAUUUACGAAACCUCGGUCUAUUAUUGUCACUAUUUGACUGUUGCUGAUAUGUAUUAUGUACAUUUAUAUUAACAACACAAACGAAAAGUUAAUCGCCAGCGUUCAACUCCUUCCAACUAAGCCAAUUGGCAUUAAACUCCAAAAUCUGGUAUUAAAUCAAAAUUAUAAACUAAAAUCCGACGCCUGCGCUCAGCUGCAAUAUAUUACAAUGAUUUAUUAAGUAUGCCCGCUUUGAUGUUCAAACCCUGAUCCGAUUGUGCGCUACUAAUUAAAAAACUUACCACCUCCUCUGUUACUCCCUGUGUUGCGUGUCAGCGUAUAAAAGGAUUGGAGCUGCAGAUCUAAUUACUCAAUAUGGGAUAUGGCGCGCAAAUCGGAACGACAACUCGAUGGAAUCCAGUUUGUGAAGCGAUAUAACGUUUGCUUGACUUAAUUUUUGGUUGUUAGCCUUUCGGAAAUUAUAUAAAACGUAUUAAGUACCUACAAGAUAUCUAAGCAAUAUAUAUUAUGUGAAAUCAUUUGUUGACAUCUCCUUAUAGUUUUAAAUUGUACUAAAAUUUUCAAAUUGUGUCUGCUUUUACUUAAGUAAAAGCUCAGCCUCAUGUUUAAAAAUCGCUAUAUUUUUACAUUUAUUUAUUUAUGAGCAACAACUGGUAAAUUAAAAACAUAAUUGUUAAUUUAAUCCAUUGAAUUUGAGAAAAAAAAAUGUAAAGCUGUUUAUUUAUAUUUACCAUCAUACUUGCUGAGCGAAAAUAUUUUGGUUGCUUCAAUAAAGUAACUGCAAACCAAGAGA